CAAUCAAACGCGGAGUAGGGCGGGUCUUGCGUCGCCAAACUGACUUUACGUCCCGAACUCUUCCUUAGCCUUGGGAAAUCUGUGAAUUGAGGCUAAAACGGGAAUAAAACACGUAGAGUUUGUUGUGAGGAUGACUGAGGAACAUUAUCUAGAACUCUGUGAGAACCCGGUGCAGUUUGAACAUGCCUCCAGUGUCAACAACGUCUUCUUCGACGAGGCUAAUAAGCAGGUGUUCGCGGUGCGUUCAGGUGGAGCCACGGGGGUGGUGGUCAAAGGCCCGGACGACAAGAGCAGUGUUGCCUUCAGAAUGGACGAUAAAGGAGAAGUGAAGUGUAUCAAGUUCUCCAUCGGAAAUAAGAUCUUGGCAGUUCAGAGGACUUUAAAAUCUGUGGAUUUCAUCAACUUCAUCCCCGACUAUCCACACACAGAGUUCACCCAGGAAUGCAAGACGAAGAACGCUAAUGUUUUGGGUUUCUGUUGGACCACCUGGAACGAGAUCGUCUUCAUCACCGACCAGGGGAUUGAGUUCUACCAGGUGUUUCCAGACAAACGAAGCCUGAAGCUGCUGAAGAGUCAGAGCAUUAACGUGAACUGGUACCAGUACUGUCCGGAGACCGCCGUCAUCCUGCUCUCCACCACCGUGCAGGGAAACAUCCUGCAGCCCUUCGCCUUCAGGAAUGGGACCAUGUCCAAGAUGUCCAAGUUUGAGAUCGAGCUGCCUGUUGUACCCAAACCUGCCAAACAGCUGUCGGAAAGAGACAUCGCCAUGGCAACCAUUUAUGGUCAGCUGUUUGUCAUGUAUCUGAAGCAUCACUCCAGAACAGCCAACAGUCCCAGUGCAGAGGUAGUGCUGUAUCAUUUACCAAGGGAGGGUGCGUGUAAGAAGAGUCACGUGUUGAAGCUGAACACGACUGGAAAAUUUGCUCUGAACAUCGUCGACAACCUGGUGGUGGUUCACCAUCAGAGCACACAGACAUCUCUGAUCUUCGACAUCAAGCUAAAGGAGCCGGAUUGUGCCGUCAACACACACCAGCCUGUCCUCCCCGCUCGCUCCAUACACCCCUACAGGAUACCACUCUCAGGUCCGGCUGUGGUUCCCUCUCAGCCUCCUGUUCCCUGUCAGCUCUACUCUUCCUCCUGGAGCGUCUUCCAGCCUGAAAUCAUCAUCAGUGCCAGUGAAGGGUAUUUGUGGUAUUUGCAGGUGAAGUUGCCUCCAACAGUCAACCUCCUGCAGGACAAAGGCAAAUUGAUGGACUUCCUGUUACGACGGCGAGACUGCAAGAUGGUCAUCCUGUCCGUCUGCUCUCAGAUUCUGGAGGGCGGGGAGAAGGGAAGUCUUCCUGUUGUGGCGACUGUGUUCGACAAACUGAACCAGGUGUAUAAGGAGUACCUGGAGGCGGAGCAGACCUACACUGUGGCGAUGGAGUCCGGUCCGAGUCGAGGAAACUCUGCGCAGAAACGUCCGGUCAGAACUCAGGCGGUCAUCGACCAAUCAGACAUGUACACACACGUCCUGUCCAACUUCACAGAGAGGAAGGGAGUCUCUCAUAAAUUCAUCAUCGCCGUGCUGAUGGAGUACAUCCGCUCUCUGAACCAGUUUCAGGUCACUGUUCAGCAUUACCUGUACGAGCUGGUGAUCAAGACGUUGGUGCAGCACAACCUCUUCUACAUGCUGCAUCAGUUCCUGCAGUAUCACGUCCUCAGUGACUCCAAACCUCUGGCUUGUUUGCUUCUAUCGCUGGAGAGUACGUAUCCUCCUGCUCACCAGCUCUCUCUGGACAUGUUGAAGCGUCUCUCCACAGCCAACGACGAGAUCGUUGAAGUUCUGCUGUCAAAGCAGCAGGUUCUGGGCGCGCUCAGAUUCAUCCGCAGCGUCGGUGGCCAUGACAAUGUUUCGGCCAGGAAGUUUCUGGACGCAGCGCGGCAGACCGAGGACCAGAUGUUGUUCUAUACCGUGUUCAGGUCGUUCCAGCAGAGGAACCAACGGCUGAGAGGAAGUCCAGGCUUCAACCCGGGAGAGCACUGAGAGCAUGUGGUUCACUUCAAGCAGCUGUUUGGGGAUCAGGCCCUGAUGAAACCCUCCACAGUGUGAACACAUGACGCAAAAACACACAGAGACUGUAAACUGGAUCACAUCAGACUGAACAGAAGUUCAGGAGAUGAACCAACAUGUGGAACAGAUCUGAAUACUUUGUACAUAAUAACAUAAUUAAGGCUAACACUUUAUUUAAUGUUUUCUUUUGUAAAUAAUAAUGUACUAAACUAAAUUGUUUCAAAUGAUCAUAGAAACAUGAGUAAAUGCUCUGUUUAAAAGAUACAGUGUGAUUACAUUUUAAAUGUUGAUGUUUAAACGGCCUUCUGUACAGAUAAUAAAAACUACAGAUGUGUAAA